CUUUCGGUACACCGCUGGCCUAUCCUGUGACCGACUGGUGUAGCGAUGGUGACGACAGAACAGUAGCACUAGAGUGCUACAGUGCGACUGCUCUCCUCGAUUGUGUAUCGACCGUAGAGGAAGAACGUUUCCCAUGAGCAGGGCUCAGAAGCUCGCCUAGGUGCGCGGCCUCAUCCAUUCGCGCGUUCACGAUACCGGCAGACUCUCUGCAUGAUGGCCGAGGGAGGCGGACCCGAGCCGGGUGGCGCGGCAGACUCCGACUCUGAGCCGGUAGCCGCAGAAAUGCCAACUCCUUCAACCGAAAAUCAAAAACAGACUAUUGGGUCACUAUUGAAAACAACUCUAAGGAAGGGCGACGAAUGGUAUCUAAUAGACAGCCGGUGGUUCAAACAAUGGAAGAAGUAUGUCGGAUUUGACAGCUGGGACAUGUACAAUGUUGGAGAACGUAGUCUCUAUCCAGGACCAAUUGAUAACUCUGGGCUGUUCUCAGACCAGGAGACUCAAGCCCUGAAAGAGCACCUUAUAGAUGAGCUGGACUAUGUCCUUGUACCCACUGAGGCAUGGAAUAAACUUGUGAGCUGGUACGGCUGCCUUGAGGGCCAGAGACCCAUCGUUAGGAAGGUUGUUGAGCAUGGCAUGUUUGUCAAGCACUGUAAGGUGGAGGUCUAUUUGCUGGAGCUGAACUUGUGUGAGAACGACAACAUGGACAAUGUUGUCACGCGUCAUUUCAGUAAAGCUGAUACUAUAGAUACUAUAGAGAAGGAGAUGAGGACGCUGUUCGAUAUCCCAUCAGAGAAGGAGACACGGCUCUGGAACAAAUACAUGAGCAACACCUACGAGCAGCUGAACAAGCCAGACAGCACCGUACAGGAUGCUGGUCUCUUCCAGGGGCAGGUGCUUGUUAUUGAACGGAAGAAUGAGGAUGGCACGUGGCCCAGACAAGCUUCCCAUCCCAAAUCCAGUACAACCCCAUCCAGGAAUUUCACUACCUCCCCAAAACUCUCCUCCAACUCAACAGCCAGUAUCUCAUCAACAGUAACAAAUGGAGACAGCAGCUGUAGCCCUGGCUACACACUUAACAACAGCACCUCCUCUGGCAACAGACUGGGGGGCUACAAUUCAUACAGCUCCUCCUACAACUACAGAGAGUCGCAGUCACAGCCUGGCCUGUGUGGUCUCAGUAAUUUGGGCAACACAUGCUUCAUGAACUCUGCCCUCCAGUGCCUGAGCAAUGCAUCUCCACUCACAGAGUACUUCCUCAAUGACCAGUAUGAGGCAGAGAUUAACCGAGAGAAUCCCCUGGGAAUGAGGGGCGAGAUUGCAGAGGCCUAUGCAGAUCUAGUAAAGCAGAUGUGGCUGAGCCGCAGCAGCUAUGUGGCCCCACGUACUUUCAAGACCCAGGUUGGACGUUUUGCCCCCCAGUUUUCAGGCUACCAGCAGCAGGACUCGCAGGAGCUGUUGGCCUUCCUGCUCGACGGGCUCCAUGAAGAUCUGAACCGCGUCAAAAAGAAGCCUUAUCUGGCCCUGAGGGAUGCAAAGGGCCGUCCAGACGAGAUUGUUGCAAAGGAAGCCUGGACGAACCACCGCUUGCGCAAUGACUCGAUUAUUGUUGAUAUUUUCCACGGCCUCUUCAAAUCCACUUUGGUGUGCCCAGAGUGCUCCAAGGUGUCCGUAACCUUUGACCCAUUCUGCUACCUCACACUGCCUCUGCCCAUGAAGAAGGACCGUACUAUGGAGGUUUUCCUGGUGCGAUCAGACCCUGAGUCAAGACCCACACAGUAUCGAGUCGUGGUCCCAAAACUGGGUACAGUGACAGACCUGUGCAGCGCCUUGUCCAAACUCUGUGGAUUCCCUCCAGAAAAUAUGGUGGUGGCUGACGUUUACAAUCAUAGGUUCCAUAAAAUCUACAGACGGGAUGAUGGCCUCAACCAAAUAAUGGAAAAAGAUGACAUCUUUGUAUAUGAGGUACAGGAGGAGGACAGUGAGAGGAUGAACCUGCCUGUGUAUUUCAGGGAGCGCCACUCCAAGCAUGUCGGAAGUUCCACGAGCACCAUGCUGUUUGGCCAGCCUUUACUCCUCACCGUGCCCAGACACAACCUCGUAGCAGACGUUCUUUAUGACAAGAUCCUAGAGAAAAUUGGGCGCUAUGUAAAACAAUCCCAAGGCCCUCAUAAUGAAAGCAGAGCCUCGGCCUCAUCCUCAUCCUCGGCCUCAUCCUCAUCCUCAGCCUCUGCCUCUGCCUCUGCCUCUGCCUCUGCCUCAGCCUCAGCGACCGUCGCCAGCUGCAGCCAAGCUCCUGAAUGUUCCACAGCAUCUAGUCUCAAUGCCAGCCUGGGUGGCUGUGGCAGCCCCCUGUCAGACGGGGCCUCGUGCAGUGCCAGCUUCAGUAACGGCAGCAACCACUCAGGGACAUGCAACAAAACUAAUGGGCUAUAUGAUGGUGAGGAGGAAGCCAUGGACCACCAGGGGAGUCCAGAGCCAGAGAACGGCCAGUCUGAAGAGGAGGAAGAGGAGACCUCUGACUUGGAAAAUGGGUCUAAAGGAGACAUGCCCAAGCAGUCUUCGCCAGCCAAGCUCUUCACUUUCAGCAUAGUCAACUCUUACGGAACAGCUAACAUCAGCCCGCUGCCCUGUGAUGGAAAUGUCCUCAAACUUAAUCCGCAUUCAACGGUGGCGAUUGACUGGGACACAGAGUCAAAGAAACUGUGUUAUGAUGAACAGGAAGCAGAGGCCUAUGAGAAGCAUGAGAGCAUGCUCCAGCCCCAAAAGAAGAAAGCCACUGUGGCUCUGAGGGAAUGCAUUGAGCUCUUUACCACCAUGGAGACACUUGGAGAACACGAUCCAUGGUAUUGUCCAACAUGUAAGAAACACCAACAGGCCACAAAAAAGUUUGACUUGUGGUCACUGCCUCGAGUUCUGGUAGUUCAUCUAAAGCGAUUUUCCUACAACCGGUGUUGGAGGGACAAGCUGGACACGGUGGUGGACUUUCCCAUCAGGGAUCUGAACAUGUCCGAGUUUGUGUGUGACCCGAAGGCCGGCCCCUACAUAUACGACCUUGUUGCCGUGUCAAACCACUAUGGAGGAAUGGGGGGGGGUCACUACACCGGUUAUGGCAAGAAUAAAGUGGACGGAAAGUGGUAUUACUUUGAUGACAGCAGUGUCUCCUCUGCCUCAGAGGACCAGAUUGUGACUAAAGCAGCCUAUGUGCUGUUCUAUCAGCGCAGAGACGAGGAAGCCCCCUCCAAACCUCAGCCUUCGGCCUCGCUGGGAGGAGCCCCAGAAGCAGUCGAUGACCACAUGGACACAAACUGAGGAGCCUUGACGCGAAGGGAAACGCACUGAAACACAUACAGCAAAUAGAGACACUCGGACGCACACACAAAGCUCCUUUAGUGACAGAGGACUCCACAGACUUAACAUUAUUAACCCUACCUUCCCCGUAUUUUAUUUGGUUUCUGUCUCGUAUGUUGUCAACUAGAGCCAACAGCCUUGUCAGAAGAGUGACCUGAGAGACUUCCUCCCUGCAGCGGGUGGCCUACUGAUUUCUGAUCCUAAUUUACUAGUCUGGAACUAAAGAGGAGUCUAAAUGGAUAUAGAUCCUCUCACUGGAUGAACAGAAUGUUAGAAGUGCCCUCAAAUGCGUAUAUAAACAAAUGUUUCAGAAAUAUAUUAAAAAAAACAAAAAGAAAGAAGCCAAAUGCACAUGUUGUUUCAACCAAAGCGUUCCAAUGUUUUUAUGAUGAAAUGUUCCAACUGUUAAGACAUUAGCAGGAUACUGGCAUUGUGCCUAGAUUUAUCUUUGAUAAUCUUGCUGUGCUGAGGUAAACGCUAACUUUAACAGUGCGAUAUGCACACAGAACAAUAACAUGCCAUGCUUGUUGAAAGAAUCCUGUGACCUUAUUCCACCUGUGUAGAGUGGCUCACUGAGGGAGAGCUUGCUGCUGCAGAGUAACUGUGGCAUUUAGAGGCCUGAGUUUCAAUCUAAACCACAGAGGGGGAUGUCUUGCUUCAAGGGUUUAAGAUCUGCGUCUUGACAUGAGCUGCGGCAGAAGCAGUUAAGUGUUUUUUUCAGCCUCGCUCUUGUUCAGCCAUCAUUAUUUAUUUUUUUUUUAUCUUUGACGCACAACGGGCUGUGCUGUCUCUCGGACUCUAAACUUCUUUCUUUCUUUUUUUGUCAUCACGAUGCAAAAGCGGCCUUUUGAUUCCUGCAACCUGACUAAAAACGGGGCACUUUGAAUUCUCCAUGAGUACGUUAUCUACCUGCUUCUGGUGUAUCUAUAGACAUAACAGAAUUGUAUGAUUUGGGCCUUAGCGUUAAGGGUUAUGGUCUGUCAUACACUUCCAGAUCCUUUUAAUGUGUCUUAUAAGCAAAUUUUGAUUGCUGCCUGACCCGACCCCUCCCCCCCAGCUCACCUGCAAUGGCUUGUCAUUAGUCUUGUUCAUUAAUGCAGCGCUGUAUUGAAAUUGCUAUGUUAUUUGAUAUCUUCAAAGCACACUUGAGUGAAGCAAAAAUAAACUAGUAUAAAAGUGGU